GCAGUUUUUAACUACAAACGUGUGCAGUGUGUCCCUAGCAGGAUACCACACAUCUCUGCUCUCUGAGUAUAGAAUUACUUCGCUUGGGCUGCAUGUCUAACCUGGGAUUAUGGCAACUUCGCUUGAGAAAUUUAUUGACACUUUGGAUCCAAAAACACUUCCAAGAGUGCUGCAGAUCCAAUCUGGAUAUUAUUAUGGGGGUUCCAUAUAUGAACUCUUUGGAAAUAUAUGCUCCAUUUCAACUGGAGAUGUCAUUAAAGUCACUGGAUACAAAGUCACAAAAGUUUUAGCCUACAUGUAUGCUAGCACUGAAUCUGAUGAAGUGUUGGCUACAAUGGAGCUUCCACUUGAUUUUCCAGGUUUGUUUAAAGUGGUUGCUGAUAAAAGACCAUAUUAUACUAUUGAAGAGAUCAUCAGGACACUACAUGUUGGACCAACACGAUUUGGCCAUCCGUGUUUCCGUAGUGAUAAUGAUCUAGACGUGGCAGGCAUUGCCAUUAGAAAAGAUGAUGAAAUCAUGAUCAGAUCCAUAGAGGAAGUAAAUGGUGUCACUUCUGUAAACUGUGGAGCAAUACAGAAGGGACUUUUCCAUUCAUUCCUAUUGCCUCUGUCAUGUGAAGGCGUGUUCUACGAAUGUCCAGAUGAAAAAAUUUACACUCUGAAGGAGAUAUUGGAGUGGAAAAUCCCAAAAAGCAGAAAUAGGACUGUCAUUCUUACAGAAGUUAUUGGAACUUGUGAUGUAAAACAGUUUUACUAUUUUGGUGACAAAGCAACAAUGAUUUUAAAGUCAAUCUAUGAUGUGCAAGCAAUCAUGCAGUUUCGAAAGGACAUUGUUCAUCUGCAAUCCGACCUUGAUAUUGAAGUACUGGAUAUCACCAAUAGUUUUGAUAUUAAAUGUUUUAUACAGACAUUAACUAUUCAUGAUGUCUUUGAACGGACCACCAACGAAUUUCCCAUGAUUGCAGAAAUAAUUGAGCAUUUAGUAGGAGAAUAUUCACACUGCAAUUUAUUAAAACCUGGAGAAAAAAUUAUCAUUCACAAAAAGUAUCAAGCAGACAGAAUUAUAGCUUCAGAGUUAAGAAGUGACUCCCCAAAUAAACAUUUUCUUAUCCCUUAUACUUACAAGGGGAAGUUUAAAAGAAGACCUAGGUGUUUCCCAACUGUCUAUGACUUAAAGGUUGCAAAGAGAGAAGCAGAUGAGCUUCAUGUCGUGGCAACAAAAUCUUUCCAUUCAGCGCAUAAAGAAUUUUCUUCAAUAUGUGUUGGGGACCAGUUUCUUGUCAAGCAGCACCAAGUCUGUGAGAUCAUGUAUGAAGGCAAGAAAAUAGUUGUAGAAGUGUUAAAAUUUUUGAAAAUUAAUGACAAAGUCCGGGAACAAGUCACCAUACCUUUGUAUGCCGAAGGUGGAUUUUUGGAAGUUGUAUAUGAUGAGAGACAAUAUUAUAUAACAGAAUUAUGUAAACAUUUCCACUUUCCCUUGAAUAUAAAGGUCUCUGUUAGAGAUUUGUUUGCAAUGGGUGAGGACGUUUUAGCAAGCACAUCAGUACUACAGCUGGAGGAGAAAAUUACAGAUUCAUAUUUGCUUGUUAGUUCCUAUGAUAGUCCUCAGGAGGUUUGGGAACUUCCAGUUCAUCGGCUCAACCUAUCUGUUCAUAUAAUCGGUAGCUUUCAAGGGGAAACCUUCUGUUUACCAACCAAAACCAACAUCGAGGAGAUAAGUAAGGAGGAGUAUUAUAUGGUGAGGAGAUAUGAAAGUCAGGUCCAGUACCCACCGCCAAGGCCACCCAAGACUCCACUGUUUGCUUGUGAAUCUGCCGCAAGGGAAUCCAACCCCAUAUUGACUGAGAAUCCAGCCCCAGUGGAGGAUUGCGGAGCUAUAUCAGAACUACAAGGUGACUGCCAAGGGCAUGUUUUAUGUGGAGAAAAAGACAAAUAUGCCAAUGUACAAGACAGUUUUGAGAAAGAUACUGCCAUGACCGUAUUCUGUAAGGAUGAGAAUCAUCAACACAAUAUUGAAAAUCACGUAGAAGACAUGAGGGUGAAAUUUGACAGAAUGAUUCUGCCUUGUCAAUCAGACACUAAAAAAAAUUAAAGAAAAGCAGUUUUCCUGAAAGAGGACAUUUGGAAAGAAGACACUGACUGCAAUUAUCCUGAUUUACUAUAGCAUAUCCGUAUAUAACUAAUUGAUUACAUUGCAUUCAUUAUUUAUUUCUACUGUACAUUGUAGAAAGUCUGUACAUAAAAAAAUAUUUUGUGAAAUGAUUGUCUAUAGAAAAAAAAAUGCUUAUGCUUAAUUGUAUGACACUUCAAACCAAAUAAAUUAAUUCAGUAACCUGUUUUUACUUGCAAUAUAUAAUAAUAUUUUUCUUAUUGCUUCCAUAAAGAUUCUUCUUAAUCUACUUAUAGUUUUUGCUCUGCAUAGUAAAGAUAUUGAUGUAUUUCUUUGGCAGUCCGCUUUGCUUUUACACACACACACUUGUUUAGCUUUAACUUUAAAAUCAAAGUAUAAUCAUCUGCUUUCCAGUGUUCCCUUUCAUUGGCUGAAAUGAGCUGUAAUUAGCCUCUCUAUGGCUGCAAGAUGGCAUAACGUACCUGUUGCUGUAAGGAUCAGCUGACUGAACCUUUUAUCUGUUGUGAUAGAUUCUAAAGUUACAGAGGAGUUCCAUAUGGCCAAAAACUGUAAAGACACCCCUACUAAUUCUGCAUGUCCUUGGUUGCAAAACUUACUGCUGGGAGUCUGAAAUCAACAGUACCACAAGAACUGUUCUGUUUGUCUAGCGCAUCCACACACAAAUGUAUCCACCAUUUGCAAGUGUCAGCUAAAGUGUGAAUAAAUUCUUUAAGGGACAGAUUUAUCAAAAUGUGAGUUUAUCACAGAAAAACUCAAAUGGUGAACUCUAACUUUCACCUAUUAAUAAAUACAAUUCUAGAAAUCCUAUAGGAAUGAAUAGAAAGUGGUUGAGAACUGCCGACAAAAAUGUUCUCAAUUUCUUUAUCACCAACAACCAACAGGAAAAAGAAAGCUCCAAUCCAAGGGGGGUGCCAAAUGUAAAGGCACCCCCCAAGAAUUGUAAUGACUCAUAACUUUAUGGGCCCACUUAUGUGAUUCUCUUCCUCCCCUCUUUCUUCAAAAUCCAUUGACUGACACAUGCAAAGUAGAGCGAAAAAGUCAGUUUUUAACUCAGUGUGCACGCGUACCUCUGCAAAGAAAGGAGGAGGAUCUGCUAAUAGUACUGGCCCAGGG